AUGUAUUCAGUGUCGUCGUCCGUUGCAUUCACCACAUACUCCAUUGUAGCAUUCUUCAAAACAUUACUGCGAAUGUUGUUGGAACGAGGCAGUAAGCCCGAAUGCACAUCGUUUCUUCCAGCUACUGCGUUCAGCACCCUCGGUGUAGAUUACCUCGACAGGCACUGUGUGAUCUCAUGGAGAGAUGAUCUCAUAAUUUGGCCGCCUCUACGAAAGUCACCCGGUUCCGUCUCUUCGAUGUUGGCUGGUCCUGGAGACGGAGCUACAUGCGAUUCUCUAUCGAUACUUCCCGCAGCCGAUGUGAUUCAUCGGUCAUUGUCACCCAAACGUACAGCACUCACUCUUCUUGCGAAGGCGACAUUGUAG